AUGGGGUUGGAAGAACAGCUUUGGCAUCUGGCGAAGAUAAAGAUUGACAGAGACACUUCUGAAGCCGGGGUGUUCGAUCCUGAUUCAUGGAUAUGGAAAAUUGGAAGCUUUACGAAGCCUAGGGAGACUGAAUGGCGAGAUGAGGUCAUUGGACUGUGCUUCUGUUGCCUAUACACUCUAUUGCUUACACCAGAAUGUAAGCAGCGUAUCGACAAGCUGGUUAGAGAUUUCGGAAACUCCGAAGGCAAAGCCAGGCAGGGUCAAGAUGACUCUGAAGACGAAGAAUACUUCGAGGAAGAUUCACUGUCAGAUGAAGAGCUAUACAGGACGAUCAAGCAAGCUGUUGAGGUAGAUGAUUGGGUGAUACCUCAAAGCACUAAUUCCGUGUCUCCUGUGCUCAAGGCAACUGAUUUGGUACCGCCCGAAUGCUGGCAUGACUUUUCCAGCUUCGAUCCUUCUCGUCAAGCGCGACUAGCAUCUUUCCUUGCACAAUAUCAGAGGUGCUCCUGUAGCCAAGACAUCAUAUUGCAUAUUGCCAUCAUGUGCGUUCACUCCGACUUCACACAUCUCCUUAUGAACUUCUUCGGAUACACGGUAUCGACUAUAUCAAAGUGGCCACCUACAAAACGUAGCUCUGGUUUCCCUACUGGAUUGCUUGCAAGAUGCUGCGGGUUACCGAAUUGGUCGUCAUGA